CCGGCGCUCCAGCUCCGCGCGUCCCGCGUCCCGCCUGCGCCGCCAUGACCGCACGCAUGUCCUCCCGCUCCCUCUACUCGCUGCCCACGAGGCGCAGCGCCAGCGUCCACGGCGACGGGAGCGUCCGCGCGUCCUACGCCUCCACCGGCCCGGCGGCCGCCGCCGCCGCCGCCGCCCCCCUGGGGGGCAGCGAGAAGCUGGCCAUGCAGAACCUCAACGACCGCCUGGCCGCAUACCUCAACCAGGUGCGCGCCCUGGAGGCGUCCAACGGCGAGUGGGAGCGCAAGAUCCGCGAGUGGCUCGAGAAGAAGAGCCCGGACGUCCGGGACUACAGCAAGUACGAGGCGGUCAUCGCCGACCUGCGCAACAAGAUAAGUGCUGCCACGAAGAACAACGCCAGACUCAUGCUGGACAUCGAUAAUUCCAACCUGGCGGCAAGUGACUUCAAAUACAAGCUGGAAAACGAGAAGAACAUGCGCACGGCCGUGGAGUCGGACAUCCUGGGCCUGCGCCGGACUCUGGACGACCUGACCAUGACGCGCUCCGACCUGGAAAUGCAGCUCGAAGGCCUGACGGAGGAGCUGGCGUACCUGAAGAAGAGCCACGCGGAGGAGCUCGCAGCCCUGCGCAACAAUGUCUCCGGCAGCUCUGUGAACGUGGAGGUGGACGCCAAGCCCCAGGAGGACCUCAACAGAGUCCUGGAGGACGUGAGGAGGCAGUACAACGGCAUCGCUGAGAAGAACCGCCAGGAAAUGGAUGCGUGGUACAAGGCCAAGUUUGACGACCUCAAUAAAAAGAUGGCGAGCAGCACGGAGACCCUCCAGACCUCGCGCAGUGAGAUCAAUGAUCUGAAGAGGACCCUGCAGGCGCUGCAGAUUGAGCUGCAGUCCCAGCUCAGCUUGAAAGCUGCGUGCGAGGGCACCCUCGCAGAAACCGAGGGCCGCUACAAUAACCAGCUGAGCCAGCUCCAGGCCAGGGUCAACGCCCUGGAGGUGGAGCUGAGCCAGAUGAAGGCGGACAUAGAGAGGCAGGCUCUGGACUACCAGACGCUGCUCAACAUCAAGACCAGGCUGCAGAUGGAGAUCGCUGAGUACAGGAGGCUGCUGGACGGAGAGGACCAGAGCAAAUCUGUUGUCACCGCGUCAAAGACAAAGACUGAAAUCAAAGAGGAGAAACCGCAGACAGUCAUAACCCAGAGAACGAGGGUGGUGAUUGAGAAAAUCGUUGAUGGAAAAGUCGUGUCCCGCGAAGAACAACCGGGCACAGAGAUCAUCAAAAAGUAGACACACCGGCUCCUGUCUGGAAGAAAUCAAAAUAGAGGCCUUCCUGUGUUACACAUUAUUUAUAUUGUGCCAAAUCAAAAGUCCAACGCCCAUUGAAAACAGUAGAAUGGCUCCCAGCCUUCAUUCAAACACAUAAUACAUAAUGUAAAACAUGCGUAAUGCAAGAGAUGAGGCAGGGAAUAUGUUUGUGCUGCACUGUAACCAUUCCUUUAUUAAAGUCUGUAUUUGUUUCAUCUCACAUUUACAGUUUUUUUGUCACAUCCUUUAUGGACUUAUCCACUGACCUUCGAUAUGCCCUGAAUGAAAAUGAUCAGCAUACAUACGCUCAUACACUGUUACUAAUAGGAAGGUAGCAAAGACACAGUCAUGAACAGACUAUUGGAGUCCAAUAAAACUGAAUAAAUCCUU